AUGGCGUCGUUGAGCAGCAUGGGCGCCGCCUCCGCGGCCGCAGCGCCUCCUGCAGAGCGGCUGGCGGCGCGCCCGCACGUCAUACUUCUGGCUAGCCCCGGCGCCGGCCACCUCAUCCCCCUGGCCGAGCUGGCGCGGCGGCUCGUCGAGCUCCAUGGCUUCGCGGCCACGAUUGUCACGUUCACCAACUUCUCCGCCCCAGAACUACUUGCUUGCCUCCCCGCCUCCGUCGCCACCGUCGCGCUCCCCGCCGUCCAGAUGGACGACCUCCCCAAGAACGGCGGCGUGCUCGUGGAGCUCACCCGCCGGUCCCUCCCCAAUAUCCGCGCCCUCGUCCGCUCCAUCAGCAACUCCACCAGUACAGCCCCGCUCGCGGCGCUGGUGGCGGACUUCAUGUGCUCCACCGCGCUGCCCAUCGCCGCCGAGCUCGGCGUCCCGGGAUACCUCUUCGUCCCUAGCAACCUGGCCCAUGUCGCCCUCACGCGCUACGUCGUUGAGAUCAACGAAGGCGCCGCUCCCGGCGAAUACCGCGAUCUUGCGGUGCCUCUCGAGCUUCCCGGCGGCGUCUCGCUACGCCACGCGGACCUCCCGGACGGGUACCGUUCCAAGCACCAGGGUUAUGUGCAAACUGUGGAGUGGAGCCGGUGCCACUGCCUCGGCGAUGGCGUGCUGGUGAACACGUUCUACGAGAUGGAACCUGCUACCGUGGAAGCGUUCAAGCAGCUGGCGGUACCGGAACAAGGUUCAGGCGCGUUCUUCUUCCCGCCGGUGUUCCCCGUGGGGCCAUCCGUCAGGCGACCAGACCGCCACGAACCCACCGCCGGCGAGUUUUCGCCGUGCUUGGAGUGGCUUGAUCGUCAGCCAGCCGGUUCUGUGGUGUACGUCGCCUUCGGGAGCCGCGGGGCACUUUCUGUGGAGCAGACGGCCAAGCUCGCGGCUGGUCUCGAGACGAGCGGCCAAAGGUUUCUUUGGGUUGUACGGAUGCCAAGCACCGCCGGCGGCGACGAUCCGUUGGCGUGGCUCCCGGAGGGCUUCUUGGCGAGGACAAGUGGCAGGGGCCUAGCCGUGGCGGCGUGGGCGCCUCAGGUGCGCGUGCUGGCUCACCCUGCGACGGCCGCCUUCGUGUCACACUGCGGGUGGAACUCGACGCUGGAGAUCCUUCUUUUAUUCUAA